AUGCUGCCUGGCAAGACCCUGCGCAAAGCCACGCCACCAGCCUCUCCUGCAGGGCGGGAGGCGGCGGCGGCCGAGUGCGCCCGGGAGCUGAUCCGCAUCGGCGACAGGUGGGACCUGCGGCAGAGGAUCCUGAACCUGCUCAGCAAGCUGUUCUGCCCGGAGAUUUGGGCUGCCCGCGGACAUGGCGCGCGGAACGGCAGGGGAUGA